AAUGUGACCUUUGCUUAUGCAGUUGGAGGAAACACAUCAAACGUUAAACACAGGAGCGUGAGAGACAUCAGUGCAUUUUAAUUUAUGAAAAUUAAUAAUUUAUUUGGAAGAUGAACAUCAGGAUUCUAAUAUUUUUAGCAUUGUUGUGCGUCACCUGCUUGAUACUGUACCGCUUCAGUUUUGGUCAGAACAUCUCAUGGAAUAGCUUUCUGUUGAAAACAUGUGCAUGUAUGCAGUGCAUAAAAAAGGAUCCAUGGUUCGCAGAGCGCUAUGACGGCCAGGUGCCAAAACUUAUGAGCAGGAGAAACAGCAAUCUUAGCACUCUCACACUUGACUGGUGGCUGAAGCUACAACCAUACCAUAAAAUGAAAUACAGAGAUGUUGUGCAGCCUCUAUUCUUACACUUCCCUGAUAAGGAGCACUACAAUGAUGCUGGUCCUGACCGCUGCAGAACCUGCGCUGUGGUGGGCAACUCGGACAACCUGAUCGGAUCCCAUUAUGGUCAACUAAUAGAUUCUCAUGACUUCAUUAUCAGGAUGAAUCAGGGUCCCACUAAAGGCUAUGAGAGGGAUGUUGGAUUGAAAACCACACACCGAGCCAUGUACCCUGAGAGUGCUAUGGACUUGGACAACUCCACCCAUCUGGUGCUGUUGCCAUUUAAAGUUUUGGACAUGGAGUGGCUCAUUAGUAUCUUCACCACCAAAAACAUUACACGCACAUAUACCAAUGUUAAACAUACAAUACAAGCAAACAAAGACAAGGUGAUGAUCAUGAGUCCUGAGUUCAUGAGAUAUGUCUACAAGAACUGGUCAAGAGAACAUGGGAGAUAUCCUUCCACUGGCUUCCUCACACUCAUGUUGGCCCUGCAUAUUUGUGACCAGGUGAAUGUCUUUGGAUUUGGGGCAAGGACUGAUGGAAGAUGGUACCAUUACUAUGAUAAAGCAUAUCGUCAAAGUAUGAACUCAACCGAACACAGAGGGGGUGCUGAAUACAACUUCAUGCUGGAACUUGAAAAGAGAAAUAAAAUUAAAAUGUAUAAAGGAUGGCAACAUGAGACAUACCAAAAUGUGUCACAUUAGAUGGUUAAAGAUUUCAAGAGACAGAUCCCUCUAAGGUUCUAAACAUUAACCCUCAUUGCAUGGAUGUGGCACUGACUCAGACCAAUUCCUUAGAUUUAAUAGCAACACAACUGUAACGCUUUGCCAGUUUUCCCAAUCAGUUGUCACCAACAAUAAAGUGCCUGCUUCAGCUAAACAUAAAAUACAGAAAAGAGGGAACAUUUCAUCUGAUGCUCCCAAUUUACCUUUUUCCUGCUUGUUUGUUUGUUGUUUUUUGUUUCAUUCAAAAUAAAUCAAAGUUUGACAUGAAAUACUGUAUACUGUAUCUUGGUACAGAUAAUAUAUAAAUGUGAUUUGUACUGGAGAUAUAUAUUUACUGUUAUACAUACACAAUUUAUGUAAUUCUUUAUGGAUUUAAACAGUGUCUUUGAUCCUAGAGUUGGGGGUGGGGGAGUAUCAUAUGCCCUAGCAGGACCUAGGUAUUUGUAAUACUUAAUUAAUCUUUCAUUAAUUAAUCAUUCAGUAAACACUUGAAUGUCUGA